UAGGAAAACCUGUGGUAGCUCUCAGCAACUCCGCCUUCGCAGACUGUUUCCCAUCAGCCAGGCUCAUUCCAGCCCCUGCAGGCUCACGGCCGACAUCCACAUGCGGAGUUUUUAAAAAGGCCUCAUUACCGGAGACACGCUCUUCAGGUCGAUACAAGAGCUCUACUCACAACUCUGCUAAGAUAUCAACUGUCUUGCAGUCCUGAGGCUUUUUGGCAGGCUGUUUCAUAAGUGUGGGCCAUAGAGGUCUUAUAACCAUGUCCUCCUGCCAUGCUAUUAGCUGAACCACUAACUGACGGGAGACGGGACUUUCCAAAGUGAAAUACCAUCUGACUGCGAGCCAUCAGAGUCCUGCUGUGACCCCCAUCCUGGACAUGGGGAAGGUCUACUAUAUCAGCAGGAACGUGGGAUUCGUGCUUCUGUUGCUGGCGUUCAGCGCCCUGGUGACCAUCAUCGCUUUGUCUGUCGCUUACAACAAGGAGAGGAUUAAGAACCGAUUCAGCGCUAGAGACCAAGCAGUAGCAAGCAAGAGCACGGACACCACACCAAGCAGCACACCUGUGCCCGUCUCGGACGAUCCGUGGGACCAGUACAGACUCCCAGGCUUGCUCGUUCCAGACUCCUACGAGGUGACGCUAUGGCCCCGCUUGGAGCCCAACGUGAACAGCGGCCUCUUCAUCUUCACUGGACACUCGACGGUGGUCUUCAAAUGUCUGAAGGCGACCGAUCUAAUCCUCAUUCACUCCAACAAGCUCAACCUCACGUCCUUGGACGGGCACCUUGCCAGGUUGACCGGGUUGGAUGCAACCUGGGCGCCGGUCAUCCGUAAGUCCUGGCUGGUGGUGGAGACUGAGUAUCUGGUCCUUCAGCUGGGCAGCAGCCUCACCCAGGGGGCGUCCUACGUCUUGUACACGGAGUUCCUGGGAGAGUUGGCGGAUGACCUGGAAGGCUUCUACAGAAGUGAAUACACUGAGGACGGCGUGAAGAAAGUGGUGGCCACCUCUCAGAUGCAGGCUACGUACGCCAGGAAAGUCUUCCCGUGCUUUGACGAGCCUGCCAUGAAAGCCGUCUUCAACGUCACCAUCAUCCACGACCGGGACAAAGCGGCUCUGUCCAACGGACGACAAAUGGAUGUCGCAGACACCGUCAUUGACGGCACUGUGGUCCGAGUCACGACCUUCGAGCCCACAGCCAGAAUGUCCACCUACCUGUUGGCGUUCAUCGUUAGCGACUUUUCCUACAAAGAGUUGCAGCAACACGAGGGUGUGCGGGUGCGCGUCUGGGCGCGAAGAAAGGCCAUCGAAGAGGGACAGGGCGAUUACGCUCUCAAUAUCACCGGACGCAUUCUGCAGUUCUAUGAACGCUACUACAACAUUGCGUAUCCACUCCCCAAGUCAGAUCAAGUGGCUUUGCCUGAUUUCAGCGCCGGUGCAAUGGAGAACUGGGGCCUGGUCAUGUAUAGGGAGACGGCCCUGCUGUACGACCCCGCCAAAUCCUCCAUGGGAAACAAAUAUCGAGUCGCAGGCGUCAUCGCCCACGAGCUCGCACACCAGUGGUUUGGUAACCUGGUGACCAUGCAAUGGUGGAAUGAUUUGUGGCUGAACGAAGGCUUUGCGUCCUACGUGGAGUACCUGGGUGCUGACUACGCCGAGCCCACCUGGAACAUUAAAGACCAGAUCGUUCUAGACGACAUCUAUAGGGUGAUGUCCGUAGACAGCCUGGCCUCUUCUCACCCUUUGUCUCGGAGAGAAGAUGAGGUCAACAGCCCCGCUCAGAUCAGCGAGAUGUUCGGCAGCAUCUCCUACAGCAAGGGGGCGGCGGUGCUCAGGAUGCUGUCCAGCUUUCUUAGUGAGCCUGUGUUCGCCAAGGGGCUCAGUUCUUACCUCAAAUCCUUUGCCUUUGGCAGCACCAUGUAUUCAGACCUGUGGGACCACCUCCAGAAGGCAGUUGACAACACUCCCGACGUGCAUAUCCCACGCACUGUCCAUGAUAUCAUGCAUCGCUGGACUCUUCAAAUGGGCUUCCCGUUGGUGACCGUUGACACCCGGACUGGAAGUAUCACCCAGAAACACUUCCUGGUGGAUCCAAACUCUGAGGUGGAGAGGUCGUCUCAGUUCAAUUAUACAUGGUUUGUGCCUAUUACAUGGAUAAAGACAGGUGUGGAACAGCAACAGUACUGGCUCCUUCAUAAGACAGACACCUACCCUCAGAUGAAGGUUUCGGAACACGAUUGGGUGCUGGCCAACACAAACGUGUCGGGUUACUUCAGGGUGAACUACGACCUUGACAACUGGAAUGGCCUCAUCUCCGUGCUCGAAACAGACCACCUGACUAUUCCCACCAUAAACCGAGGUCAGAUCAUGGACGACGCCUUCAAACUAGCGAGAGCCAAAAUCCUGGACACCACGUUGGCCCUGAGGACCACCAAGUACUUGACUGAGGAGAGAGAAUACUUCCCUUGGCAGAUGGCACUGUCUAACUUGUACGAAUACUUCGUCCUGUUUGACCGCACUGCAGUCUACGGGCCUCUACAGGCGUACACCCGGAAACUCAUCCAACCCCUUUUUGAGCACUUCGAAGCCGUGACGAGCAACUGGACCACGGCGCCUGAAAGAAUCACCGACCAGUACAAUCUGAUCAAUGCUGUCCACGUGGCGUGCUUUACGGGCGUGGCAGGCUGCAGGGAGCUGACCAAAGGCUGGUUCCAGCGGUGGAUGGACGAUCCCCAUCGUAACCCGAUUCAGCCCGACUUGAGAAGCACAGUUUAUCGCAUCGGCAUCGAGUAUGGCGGCAUGGAGGAGUGGGACUUUGUCUGGAGAAUGUUCAAGAACGCCACCCUGGCAGCCGAGGAGUCCAGACUCAGGGCGGCCUUGGCCUGCACCAAAGUGCCGUGGCUUCUGAACAGGUAUCUGGAGUACACCUUGGACCCGGCGAGGAUCCGCAAGCAGGACGCCAUCUCCACCAUCGUGUCCAUAUCCAGGAACAACGUGGGAGCGCCCCUGGCCUGGAACUUUGUCCGAGCGAGAUGGAGCGACAUUUUCCAGCGAUAUGGCAAAGGAUCCUUUUCCAUGUCCAACCUGAUCAGCGGCAUCGCCAUGCGCUUCACUACAGAGUUUGAGCUGCAGGAGCUGCAGCGCUUCAGAGAAGACAACCUCCACAUCGGCUUCGGCUCGGCCAAGCUGGCCCUGCAGCAGACCAUCGAGAGGAUCUCGGCCAACAUCAAGUGGGUGACGGAGAACAAAGCCCGCGUGCUGGCCUGGUUCUCUGAGCAGUCCACAUGAGCGCGGCAGAAAUAACUCUCUUCAUUAUUAGUAUUUGAAUAAUCAUCACCAGGAUGUCUCGGCGGCCGUGACCAAUGACUUUUUAUCGGUGUUCUAACUAGCGUGUGUCCCUACAGCCUCUCUGUGAGCGCCGAUCAGGAUAUACGUUUUGACGUCAUGAAAGGGAAAACAAGCUUCGCUACACAUCUUAAAAUAACCCCAGAGCUCUGCCCACUGUGUCACUCGGCAUGGGAACUGGGAGCUGUAAGUUGGUCUUUGUUUUUUUUCCUUUCUUCAGUGAAUAUGCUAAAAUGUAGUAACUUUUCAAUAUUACGUUAUAUGUGAUACAAAAUAUGUUUUUAAAAGGUUGGACAAGUACAGAGUUAUGUGGUAUUUGUAAAUAUGUGGAUAUAGUGCGCAAUUGUGCUUUUUGGAGACAGCUUAUUAGCCUUAAAGCUACAGUAGUAGAGAACAGUUGUUACUAAAAGUCUACAUGACAGCAUCAAGGGUACUUUUUGGACCACACACUGGUAAACACACUUCAGUAUAAUAUACAGUACUAGUGCUCACACUAAAGUAAAGGUAUUAGCCAAAAAGUAAUGUAAUAUACAGUACUGAUACAAAGAGUACACUAUAAAAUGGGUUCUUUGAAUGAGCUGAGCAUGUUUAAAAAAAAAAAACAAUCAAAAAUAUGUCGUGUAUUUUUCUACUUUUUCAUUUGUCUUUAUUGGCGGCAGUGCUGAUUUUUUGGUAAAACACAAAUAAAUUAUACAGUACUGAUAAAAACACUACACUAUAAUACCUAGUACUUUUGAAAACCCUACAAUAUAAUAUAAUGAAUAUAUACUGAUAAAAACACUACAGUACCAUUAAAUAUAAUACUCGUAAAAAGACUGCUGUAUAAUAUACAAUAUCAUAUAAUAUAAAAUAUCAUAUAUUGGAAAAAACACCACAGUAUAAUAUAAAGGUAAAAACUUCAAAACACUAAUGUAUGAUAUAAAGUUCAAUAUACAGUACUGAUAAAAGACUACAUUUUAAUACCUGUAUACUGGUAAAAAAAAAUACAAAACACCACAGUAUGAUAUGAAAUAUAUACUGGUAAAAACAUUACAAUUAUAGUAUAUAUGUAAAAACUAAAAAAAAGAUAUAUACACAAAAUAUACAAUAACUGAUAAAACACUACAGUAUGAUAUAAAAUACAAUAACUGUUAAAAAAGUACAAUGGAAUAAACUACUAGUAAAAACUGAAAAACACCACAGUAUAACAUAAUAACUUUUAAAAACAAACAACAAAAAAUACAGUAUAAUAUACUGGUAGUAAAAACUGAAAAACACCACAGUAACAUAACUGGUAAAAAACAAAACUACAGUAUUGUUAGUAACAACUGCAAAACAUAAAAUGGGGGGAACAAUGGUAACAACUACAGUAUAAUAUAAAGUACAAUAGUAGUGAUAAAAAAAGAGUACAUUACAAUAUGUGCUUUAAAUGUGCUGAGGAUGCAAAGAGGCCUUCAAAGAACUGCUCCUUAGAAAAAGAACUCAUUCGUCUAAAGUGAGUUAUGCUGCGUUCAAACAAACUGGGGAAUUGGAUAUGCACUCCCAACUCAUAAGGUUUGCUGUAAAGUGUUCCACUGAAGCGUAUGUGCAACAAUUUCAGCCUCAUCACAAUGCUGGUAAAACUCCAAAUAAAUCUGCAGGAGCAUUAA